AUGCUUGUUACGAGGGUUUUGGGCACGCUCGGGGCGUUGGCCCUAACCCAGCUCGUCUCCGCCGCCGAAAGGCCGCUUUACCCCAGGUCCAACACCACGGAGGUCUCAAGCGCUGCUCCCGUCGAGUCUCUUGCGCCUGAAGAGAGCUUUACCGCUUAUACCGAUAAGGGGUUUUGUGAGGAACAUAGGCACGACUGCCGCAAGUGCGUCGAGCCAAUUGUGACCACAACCACUGUUUACAAGCCUAAGCCCGCCUCUACAGUGACAGUUAUUUGUACAGAAUCGUACACGGCAACGGUUACGGCAAAGGAGACAGUCAUCCACACUGGUGUCGUAACGGCAACGGUGGUAGAGACAGUCAUUCACACCUCAACCGUCGAAGAAACCGAAUAUCUCACAACCACCGUCCUCGACACCGAAACGCUUACUGACACGGCCAUCGUGACCUCUGGAUACACGGAGACCGCUACCGACUACGAGACUAUUACCGCAACCGCAGUCUAUACAACAAGCUACCCAGUCACUACAACAGUUACCAUUUGUAAUGGGGAGGAUCACUCUUCGUAUUGUGUUGUCAGCACGACGACUACAUGGAAGACAACCACCGAGACAUCGACUGUCGAGACAACGGUCGAAGUCGCAGUCCCGACAACAGUCCCAACAACCGUUUACAUCCCGACGACAGAGGUGGAAACUGAGACGGUCGUUUACACUACGGCGAUAUCUGUCCCGUAUACUGUGGUUGAUAGCACAACUCUCUGGUCCACCAUUGAAACAACCUACACAAGCAUCAAUACCAUCGAAAAGACAACGACUGAUUAUGUUGAGGUGAUUUGUACUACGACCACCACGGAAAUCAGUUCCUACCCGGUUACCGUGACCGGCACCAAGACGAUAUGGACGACCGACUACAACACAAUCACGGACAUUUACACCACGUUGGUUCCGACCACGACAACGGACGUUGUAACCACCACCGAUGUUGUGCUUAGCACUGUUGUCAGUGCUACGACGGAAACCACGACCUUCACCACGGUAACUUCUUAUCCGGUGACCGUUACCGAUAGCACUACUUUCUACACAACCGAGACGGCCGUAGUCACAUCUGUUGUUGUCAGCUCUUUCACGUCCGUUCAGACUGUCACUGAUCGCACGACCGCAACCGAGGUUUUCACUACCACCGCGACUGUCGUUCCGCCGCCCAUCAUAACAACCGUAUCUGGCACUCCUAUCACCAUUACACUCCCUCCAACGAUCGUUACGCAGACCUUGGAUCAUACUAUCACUCAGACGGAGCAUAAAAUCUCUACUCUGACGCUCCCAGGAACAACAGUGGUGACCACAUUUACAUCAGUUGUACCCCCCACCACCACCACCUUAACCCUUGAUGGAACCACUGUCACUACCACGCUGCCCGCUUCUACGAUAACGAGCACGACGACCUUAUCGGUACCCCCUCAAACCAUUACACAGACAAUUACCAAGCCACCCUCAACGAUUACCAUCGCCACGACCGUCUCGAAAACGAUCACAACUUGCUUCCCCACGGGCACUGUUGCGCCCGCUCUUCGGAAGGCGUAUGAUCCUAAGUCUGACCGGACUUGGGGUUGUAAGCCUGGUUUCGUUUGCAAUGAGCCUAAACCAGACGGUUGCAACUUGUGGGCCGAUUCGCCUUCCGAUGAUUAUGUGUGCGAACCGCAGUGGUGUAAGCCAGCUCCUUGGUAUCCUAAUGUGACAUGGCCAACCAACCAAACUGGUUAUUACCCGCCAACCGAGGGUUAUUUCAACCUCAACCCUAAUGCAUUCGGUUUGAGCUACGAUAUCUUCGAGGAGGAGCUCGUUAUCAUUGCAGUCGGCGGUACCACAACAACUAUUGCCACGGGCAAUUGGGCUUCCCAGACAGACAUAACCCAUUUCCCACUGGCAACAACCACUACUUCAGCUUCUGCAGCCUCAUCUGCAACGAGAUACGGAUACAAGCGCAAUUCGCGACUUCUUUCAAAGCGCGACGAUAGCGUGAUUCCUUCUUGGUGUUAUGUUGAUUGCAACAAGGCGUAUCACGAGGCUCAAAAAGUUGGCAAGUCAGAGGCCUUAUGUGCCACUGAAUCGCAGUUCAGCAAAUAUUACCAUGACUGCAACACGUGUAUCGAAAAGGGAGCCAAGGAUCUCAAGCUUGCCACCAAGGAAUAUCUCGAACCCAAGUUUUCUCAGUACAUCAACUACUGCAACGAACAGGCCCCUUCACCUGCCCCAACCAGCAUACCCCCACAGCCGGUCGAGUCUACCACUCCCACGAUCUCCACAACUUCGCAGCAGGCACCUAACUCGAGCACUGAGCCCGUACCCAUCUCAACCUCGUCUUCUCCGCCAGCCCCGGAGCCUUCCACCACGACUACCUCCGACGUCCCUCCUCCAUCCUCGAGCUCUUCUGCUCAACCAUCUUCCCUCGUCAGAGCCGGUGAUCAGCUCCUCUUCCUCUGCUGCCCCGCCACCCCCUUCCUCUUCUUCUACGGCGGUGGUAAUUUCCUCUGA